GCAGGCGGUGCUUGGGCCCGGGGGGCGGUCUCGACGGACUCGCGAAGGUUCCAGAGGCGCCGCGUGCGGGAGGCGGGCCGAGAUCUCGCGCAGGGUCGGGUGUUCCCUCAGGCCGCGGCCACUGUGAAAGGUGCCGGUGCGGUCUGCGCUCGGGGUGAGCGCGGUCGGUGCGGCGUUUCCUGUUCUCGCCCCUGCGCCGCUGCAGCUGGGGCCUUCCCUGACGCAGCCAGAGCAUGGCUUCAACUGUGGAGGAGCUACAGAAAGAUCUAGAAGAGGUGAAGGUGCUGCUGGAAAAAGCCACUAGAAAAAGAGUACAUGAUGCCCUGACAGCUGAAAAAUGCAGGAUUGAGACAGAAAUCAAGAACAAGAUGCAGCAGAAAUCACAGAGGAAAGCAGAACUUCUGGAAAAUGAAAAGCCAGCUGCUGUGGUUGCUCCUAUUACGACAGGAUAUACAGUGAAAAUCAGUAAUUAUGGAUGGGAUCAGUCAGAUAAGUUUGUGAAAAUCUACAUUACCUUAACUGGAGUUCAUCAAGUCCCCACUGAGAAUGUGCAGGUGCAUUUCACAGAGAGGUCAUUUGAUCUUUUGGUAAAGAAUCUAAAUGGGAAGAGUUACUCCAUGAUUGUGAACAAUCUCUUGAAACCCAUCUCUGUGGAAGGCAGUUCAAAAAAGAUCAAGACAGAUACAGUUCUUAUCUUAUGUAGGAAGAAAGCCGAAAACACACGGUGGGACUACCUGACUCAGGUUGAAAAAGAAUGCAAAGAGAAAGAAAAACCCUCCUACGACACUGAAACAGAUCCUAGUGAGGGAUUAAUGAAUGUUCUAAAGAAAAUUUAUGAAGAUGGAGAUGAUGAUAUGAAGCGAACCAUUAAUAAAGCCUGGGUGGAAUCAAGAGAGAAGCAAGCCAAAGGAGAUACAGAAUUCUGAGACUUUAAAGUCUUUUUGGGAACUGUGAUGUGGAAAUAUUGAUAUUUCCAAUAAGGAAAUGUUGGUGAGCUGCACAGAUAAAUUUGACAUUUAACUACUUACACAGUCUAAGUAAAGGCAAUGAAUUCUCCAUUUCCUGCUGGAGGAUUUAUUUAAAUAAAAUAUGCUUAUUAAACACUCCACUCCCUCCAAAGAUGGUUUCCUUAGUAACCGGGUCAUUUUAUUCAAGAAAAGGGUGAUGUUGUAUUCUAGUGUGAAAUGUAAAGAAGCAAGUCUUACCUAAUGAAAAUGCCACAUUGUGUGUAUUAUUGUUCAGCUAAGAGGUAGAAACAAAGUCAUUGCUUGCCUUUCAGUUCCUGACAUCAGCUCCCACCAAUGUAAGAAUAAAAAUAAAAUGUGAAUUUUUGCAUAAA